AUUUCAUAUCGUUCAGCUGACGCUCGUUUCUUACGUCGCGCAUGUUUGCUAUGUGUGAAAAGUUAAAAUGUCGGAAAAUUCGAAAAUAAACAACGAUAAUGGGCUUAGCUGCCUGCAUUGUAGUGUGUACAAUUCAAAGCAACAAUAUCAAGAAAUAUUCGAUGAAGUGGGCAUCGAAAUAGAACUCGCCCAACUAUUGGCCAAAUAUUUCCAAAUCGUUGUCAAACCCGAUGCUGAAAAGUCGCAAUUGCUAUGCCAAGAAUGUGUUAAUACACUUAUACGCUUCUUUGACAUAGACGAACUGCAACGUGAGCAGGAUGCCGCCAAUGCACUCAAAAAUGCUGCCAAACAGCAGGAGGAUCUACCCAUCGCCAUCAAAAAGGUUGAAAAAUCUGCCAAAAAAACACGGUUAACGUCGCCAAAAGCGAAGAGCGUCACAGUUGCAACGAAAAGUUUGCAAAUGUCUGUUAAGUUGGUGAAGCCUUCAACAGUUGCAACCUCUGUCGUUACUACAACUGCACCAAAAACCGAACCCGAUUGUCCAGCCAUACGCAUUACUAAAGCCCGUACGGUAGCGCCCAAGCGUUUGUCGGUUAAAGCAAAGGAAGUUGUUAAACCGAAUGCCAAAUUCAAAGUGAAAAGUCGUGGCUCAGCAGAUCAGGAACAGAUCAGUGCACUCAUACGCGACAUACUAGAUGAUGAUGAGGCGCCAGCAGAUGAUAAAUUUACCGAGGCCGCUGCCACUGUGCGGCAAUUGGAAAAGCAAACUGGCAAAAAGCAGCGGCAGCUUGAAACGGAAGAAACUGAGCCGCUGGAAGAAGAGGAUAACAAUGAGGAGCUAGAGUUUCUGUUAGAGCAAGAUGAUAACUCCUCCGACCUGGAAGUGCGUCAUUUCAAAGUAGAACGCAAAUUCAAGCGCAAUGUUUCGCAAUCCCAAUCUCAAUCCCAGUCGCAGUCGCAAAAUGAAAGCCAAAGCGAAGAUGAAUCAUUUAAAGUGGAGCCUUUUAAUUUUGUCUUAAUUAAAGAAUCUGACAACAUUGGGGAUCUAUAUGAAUAUCUGUCGACUGUGGUCAAGACCUGCUUUGAGACCUUACAAUUCGAUUGGGCCACCGUGUGUCGUCAUUGUUCAUUGAAAUGCGGCAAAUAUGAAACGCUUCUUAAUCAUAUGCAGAAAUGCCAUCAGUUGGCAGAUGAGCGCUACAAUUGUCCCAUUCAAGGCUGUACGGCGGAGCUGCAGGGUCACAAAUUCUUGGCCAUGCAUUUGGUGGUGUUGCAUGCACCUGUGGCAGAAAUUCCCAUUUAUGGCAAGUGCCCCGAGUGCAAUAUGACGUUCUCCAAUAUAUUACAAUACAACAAACACUCCUGCGCGCACGUCAUUAAGAAACGUAGGGGCAUACGUUUAUACUGUGAGAUGUGCGGCUUGGAGUUUCCCUCGUGGAAGCGCUUUAAUUUCCACAAUCAAUUUCAUUUGGAGCGUCACAGGCCGCGCGCUUGCUUUGUUUGUAAUUUUGCAGACAACAACAUCGAUGAGCUCUUCCACCAUUUGCACUAUUCGCACGAGCCAGAAGGCACACUCUUCUGUGACCUCUGUGAUCGCAACUUUCGGGAUGCUGCCGUCUUUAUGGAUCACAAUAAAUCGCAUGCGAACGUCAGCAGCACCACCUUCAGCUGCUCUGAAUGCAGCGCCAACUUUGAGACACGCGGGCGCCUCAACGGGCAUCUGCGCUCCGUGCAUGGCAGCGUCAUCAGCUGCGAGUUGUGCAGUCGCGAGUUCGCCACCGAGGCGACCUACAACCUGCACAUGAAGACACAUCUGAUCAUAGAGCGCGAGGUGCAUGUGUGCAACGGUUGUGGACUGCUCAGCGAGAGUAACGACAAGCUGCUGGCUCAUGUGGAGGCCGAGGACUCAGCUUGCUUUGGCAUGGAUACCUAUGCGGAAUUGUUACGCAAUGCUUAUAUAUGUGAAUUUUGCUCGGCGUACUUCAAGCAGAAGAGCGAUUUACGUGCCCAUCGCGAUUCGGGCGUGCAUAAGGAUGGCUUCUUCAUAUGCCAACCGUGCGGCAAGGAAUUUGCCGACAUGAAACUCUAUCGCCAUCAUUUGCGCAACUUUCAGCAACAGCGCUCCGAUGUGGCGCAUCGCAAGCUGGAGAUAUGCCUGUACUACAUGUGUGAUUAUGAGGAUUGCACUGAGGCAUACAUUAACUGGAAUUCGCUGUACACACACAAACGACGUUCGCACGAUGGCAUGGAAAAGCAGGAGCCACUUGCUAAAUUGAACGACUGGAUCUGUCAGUUCUGUCAGAAACAAUGUCGAUCCAAAAUGUCGCUAUCGGUGCAUGUGGCACGCAGUCAUAACAAUAACAAUGUUAUAUGCCCGAAGUGCAAUGCCUCCUAUAAGGAUAAUGAUGCAUUGACUAAACAUCACGCCUAUUGGCACGAGCCGAUGGAAUGUCGUCUUUGCUUAAAAGUGGUCAAAAAUCGUCGCAACUACGAUACACACAUGAAUGUGGUGCAUUCGAAUAACAAGCGCUACUCGUGCGGUGUCUGCCAAAAGGGUUUCUAUCACAAAAGUGAAAUGGAGGCGCAUCAGCGGCUGCACAGCCAAUCGUAUAGCUGUGAACAGUGCAGCUUCAUCACACGGAACAAGAAGUCGCUGUCGGUGCAUGUGCUGGGACAGCAUUACAAGCGCUUCGCCUACGAGUGCAAGGCGUGCGACAAGCGUUUCGGACGUCGCCAGGGCCUGUCGAACCAUAUGCAACGUGUCCAUGGCUCCAGGUAUACGUGUCGCGACUUCUUCGAUAGCGGAUGCAGCAAAUCCUUCAGCUCGACGACGCAGCUCAAUAUGCAUGUGCGUAAAGCGCACAAUGGCAGCAUUUACCUGGAAGAUGAUACGACCAAGGUUGAGGAGGUCGAGGAACUGAAUGACCAGGGGGAGGAGGAGGAAGUGACCAGCGAUGGCCCGUCGGCAUCGAAAAAACGCUGCAUACGCAUCAAUGCGAAUACCCAAAUCGAGUUUAUCGGCGAUUCGACGGCUGUGGCCGAGGACAAUGUGAGCUUCGACGGCUCCGAGUUGUUCGAGGAGCUGCCGGAGGUCAAGGACGUGAAGUUGCCGCCGAAAAAGAUGCAAAGGCAAAUAUAAGUGUUGCAUGGAAUUAAAUACAAUGCGAGUUUAUUUGAUUGUUUGCUUUUUAUUCUUGUUAUUAUUCGCUAAAGCAGUUGUUAAACUUUUUUGAUUUUUCAAUUGAUUUAAGUUGCUGUGUUGUCGUUUCUUAAUUUUGAACACAAAUCAUGUCAGUAAAAUGGACACACAUACAUGUAUGCAAUAUAGUAUUAGAUAACUAGCUUUGUAACUUCGAUUCUUCAAUCACUUGUCAACUACACUCAUUCGCACGCUGCUCAUUCACCGUCUAUCGCUACUUGUCCCUACAUAAUUUCCACUAGUAUUUACAUGCCUGAUUUCCCAACUUAUAUCGUAUCAUAUUUUAUCAUUUUCCAGGCAUACAUUUUUUAUCAUAUAUAAGCUUAUUAUAUAUAAACCCUCUCUUGCUUGCCAUUCUCAAAUCUUUCAUUUUUUGAACACUUUUAUCGCAGUAAGCUAGCUUUUUUUAUUGAAAGCGCUUUUCUAUACCCUACACAGCUCAAGCUCAUAUUAAAUUCUAAAAAACUAACGAAAAAAAAACUGAUUUCAAUUGUAGUGUUGUGGCUAAAAAUGUCAUUUUACAGGGUAUCUGCG